GCCUCAGGUGCUGUGCUACCUGGGUCUUAAUUGAUCACCUUUUCCAAACAGAAUACACCCUGUCUCCAUUUACACGGAUUAUUAUCGAUUUGUUUUGUUUUUGUUUCUUUGUUUGUUUUUAACAUGGACAUUUUCUUCUUACACCAUGGACAUCGGGAAAUGUGUUAGUUCGCGAGGAUCCAGAUGAUUUCAUUGGCGGUUUUUAGUGAGACCUUAAAUAGAGCCAGCCUUUCCCGGGCUCAUCUUUGCAGUUUCCCCACACAAACUUACCUGCACUAACUUGAAAGUCCAGUUUCUCUAGCAAUCCUAGAAAACAGCAGGGACUUGAAGCAACAUGGAUCUGGAAAGCAAAAGGCUGGUGGUGGUGGUACCAAACGAAGUGUCGGUGGUCCACCGCAAACCGCUCAGCAGUGAGGAUGAGGCAUGGAAAAUCUUCCUGGAGAACCCACUGACAGCUGCCUCAAAGGCCAUGAUGAGCAUCAAUGGAGAUGAGGACAGUGCAGCAGCUCUAGGGGUGCUCUAUGACUACUAUAAGGUUCCCAGAGAGAAGAGGUAUACACCCAGUGGCAUUAAGCCCACAGAGCCUUCUGCUCACGGGCACAGCAACUGCGGAAAGUUGGACAUGGUGGGUCACCAGCUUCAAGCUAUGGUGUCAAUGCCUGUUAACCUCUCUUUAAACAACAGCACCACCACUGAGCACCAGCAGGGCUACAAAUAUGGAGCUGAGAGCCACGCAGGAGAUUCCAGAGGAGGAGAUGGUAAAGGUGGAGAGAAUGGACCUCUUGCUCUGAUCAAGACCGAAAGCCAGGCCCCCAUGCCACUUUCAUUUUCUGGUGGCACCUGCCAAAAAGAACCCAGAGACCAGAUAAGGAGGCUGUAUGAGCAAAGCUGUUAUGAUAUGUCCCUCACUGGCUAUUUGAGAGAAGAACAGAGGAGCAGUCCGGACAGCACAUAUGAGGAGCCAGUGGAAAAAGAGAUGUACCACAAAAAUUCUUCCUCAGGAGUUGGUGAAUUUCACCACAGUCUACCAGCUGACAGCUUCCGGUACAACCUGGAGGCCACGUUGUCUCUCCGGCCACGCCAAGGAGAAGGACCCAUGGCCUACUUGAACCGUGGACAGUUCUACUCUUUGACGCUCUCUGCGGCCGGCUUCAGAUCAUCCCUGCAUCAGCCCAGAGGCAAAGUCGGAGUGACUGGAGUGACAUCAUCCCAUGGAGCUGAUAGGAGCCUAUCCAGUAGUGAUCAGUGCACUGUGGGAGGCUCUGAGCUGCCACAGAACAGUAUUGUACAGAGUGUCAUCAUGGUUGUCUUCGGGGAAGACAAGGGCAGAGAUGAGCAGUUGAAGAAUUGGAAAUACUGGCACUCACGGCAGCACACUGCCAAGCAGAGAGUGCUGGACAUCGCUGACUACAAGGAGAGCUUCAACACGAUCGGGAACGUGGAGGAAAUUGCCUACAAUGCUGUGUCUUUCACAUGGGAUGUCAGUGAAGAAGCCAAGGUAUUUAUCUCUGUGAACUGUCUGAGCACAGACUUCUCCUCUCAGAAGGGUGUGAAGGGGAUGCCUCUGAUUAUUCAGAUCGACACGUACAGCUACAACAACGGCUGCGGCAGCAGGCCAAUCCACAGAGCCUACACUCAGAUUAAGGUCUUCUGCGACAAGGGUGCUGAGAGGAAGCUUCGUGACGAGGAAAAAAAGCAGCUCAGGAAGAGUAUGAAAGGGAAAAAUGGCAGCUCAGGGUUGACCACUCCGAUAAAGAGAGCUGAAAGUGCGCUGUUCAAAAGCAUGGGAGACCUGGACUCCCAGCCCGUUCUCUUCAUUCCAGACGUCCACUUUGGAAACCUGCAGAGAGCAGGGCAGGUGUUUGCUUUCAACACUGAAGAAGUUGAUCGAAAUGGAGGUGUUUUAAUGAAGAGGGUUUCAUGUGUUGGCCAGGAAGACCUCUGUUCACCUCCACUAAAGAAGUCCAGAGUGGAACCAGAAAGAAAAGUUCUACUAUAUGUGAGGAAGGAGUGUGAUGAAGUGUUUGAUGCCCUGAUGCUGCGCAGCCCAACCCUCAAAGCUCUGAUGGAGGCUAUCUCUGAGAAAUAUGCGGUGCCUGUUGGAAAGAUAGCCAAGGUUUACCAAAAAAGCAAAAAAGGGCUCCUGGUGAACAUGGAUGACAACAUCAUCCAGCAUUACUCCAAUGAGGACACCUUCAUCCUGGCUAUCGAGAGCUCGGCAGACUCCUGGCGUGUGACGCUGUCGGAGAUCUGAUGGCUACUAACCCCUGCACUGUGUCAUACUCAUUAUUCCCCAGACCGAGGUUGAUCAGUGCCUGGUGACUCUUUAUCCAUUUCAUGUGCACAGACUCAUGAACGCUGUUAGCAGUGUCGUAUGCUGGAGCCAAACUGUUCUUUGAAGUCACACGGGAGUCUCUGUAGGCUUUCCUGCCCCGCAUGGAUCAUUUUGAAGAUUGGCCCUUGGCUCUGGGGACACAGGCUCAGCAAAAGUUGAAAACUUGUAGAUUUGUUUUUAGGUUAGGAAAAAUCUUUUGAUCUUUCCUAGCAACCUUACCAGCUGGCAGGAGUGCAGUUGUGAACCCUUUUUGCCCAGCUGUCACUAAAAGAACAGGAUUCAUCCCGGUCCGCACAAAGACAGCAGCAGCUCUCUGUGGUGUCAGGAAGAAGACGUCAUAACAGAUUAGCAGCACAGAGCAUUCCUCCGGGCUUCUUCUGCACCUUCUGUUAUCCUCCCUGUACUUCCUUCUGUGAUCGAAACUUUGAAAUGACGUGACAGGCAUUUGAAAAGCCUUUGCAACAUCUUUGGGUGGCGUGGCACUGCUCUUUGCUUGCUACGUUCCUAAUCAUUUUUAGACAUGUCUCGACUUUAAUCUGAAGUGAUGGUACUUUAACUAUUAUUAGCAUCUAUUUUGUUAUUAAUUUUUUGAUUGGUUAUAUUUUUACUGCAUGCUAAAUGUUUCCUGUUGGUGGCAGUGAAAAAAUAACAGUUAUUUAUCCCAGAUUGUGACUACAUGCCACUGUCCUGGGAUCUAUAAUUAGAUAGAGGCACCGUUAUAGAACAGGACUUCUGGUCUAAAUUGCUCUUGUUAAAUUGUUCUGCUUCCUCUGUGUGUGUGUUAAUUGCUUUUCCUCUCACUAAAGAGACUGUAGUCAUUAGUAUUUAUGACAUUCGUUAGGGACUCACAGGGCCCGGCCACUCUAUCCGUUUAGUCCUCUUUUGAGGCUGCAGCAGCCCAUCAGAGCACAGCGGCGGAGCGAUCCUGUUCCAGCUCGGUGCGUCUGCCUGUAUCUUUCAUAUACUUCACGUGCAGUGAAGUACAGUUUUUACAAUGUGCAAAUAAAAAAUAGUUUUAUAUAAAGUCA